GAUACUUACUAGGUAAAACUAAUGGCAGAAGGAUACAAGUUCCAAUACAUAUACUUGAGUUCUUAUUCUAUCCUCCACUCGAUCGUCUAGUCUAUUGCCAAAUAUAUAUGCCAUAUUGGGCCGGCCGGCGUUUUUGUUUUAAGUUGCAUCCCAAAUAGCGGGAAUCUCUCUCUUGGAAAAAGAGUUUCUCUGAUCCUACUCCAAGUUGACCACAAAAACCUAUUUUACACUUCUUAACUCUUCUGUUUCACGUCUCUCUCUCUACCCUUGUGUUAAAACCCAUCUCUCUUCUCAGUUUCUCUCCAUCUAUCUAUCAAUCUAUUGCUACAUCUCUGGGUUCGAACUUGGUUCAGAAAUGAGUUGUUGUAAUUGCCAUCACCGUGAACAUGAAGAUGAUGAGGAAUAUGAUGGGGAGUAUGAUGACAUUGCUGAGACUCCGCCAGUUUUGGCUGUUAUCAUGGAUUUGGAUGGGACCCUUUUGAAUACAGAGAAAGCUACAAAGGGUAUUUUGAAUGAUUUCCUGAAGAAAUAUGGGAAAGAAGUGGAUAGAGAGAAAGAAGAUAAUAAAUUGGGUAUGAUGCAUAGUGAAUCAACUGCUGCCACUGUUAAGGACUAUGACCUUCCAUUGACUCCCGAAGAAUUUUCCAAGGAGAUCAUGGCUCUCUUAAUUCAAAGAUGGCCAUUAGCACAAGCACUUCCAGGCGCGAAUCGCCUUAUCCAACAUCUUCAUAAGCAAGGAAUUCCUUUCGCACUUGCAUCAAAUUCCAGAACGGAAAAUGUACAGAAGAAAGUCUUUAACCAACAAGGAUGGAAGGAAUCAUUUUCAGUAAUUAUUGGAAGUGAUCAGGUUAAAUCAGGAAAACCCUCUCCUGACAUAUUUUUGGAGGCAGCAAAAAGAAUGGGUGUAGAUGCAGCAAAUUGUCUUGUUAUUGAAGAUUCUGUGGUUGGUGUUAUGGCCGGCAAGGCUGCUGGGAUGAAAGUAGUGGCAGUUCCAUCUCUUCAAACUCAACCAGAUCGUUAUUCCAUUGCAGAUUCUGUACUACAUUCACUUUUGGAGUUUCAGCCUGAACUUUGGGGUCUCCCAGCAUUUGAAGACUGGGUAAGAAAUGCAUUGCCAAUUGAACCAAUGUAUGUGCAAGGUCUACUUCAGAAGGGGUCUCUUUGUGAAGAUACUGAGGACGGACCAGAUGCUCUUCCUGAUCAAGUUUCCGGGGUUUACUUUGGUUGGGCAAGAUUGAGCUCAAACCAAAUCGUCAAGACCGUUAUAAGCGUUACAUGGCACCAGAAUACUGCAAAAAGAGUAAUUCGACCUCAUCUAAUUGAUGAACCCGAUGAGUGUAUAUCUGGUCAACUGCUGCAGAUUUUGAUUGUUGGCUACAUCCGCGAACCAAGUAACAAGGUAAACUCACCGGUGCAUUUGGAGAUAACUGAACAAAAUAUAUCAAUUGCAAGUGAGGCAUUAGAUCUUACAAUGUUUCUGCAUCACAAGAAUAGCCCUCUCCUUGCCGAAAAACCUAUUGUUGAUGACAUCGCGGAAGAAUGAAGUUGGGUUAUACGUGUAAUCAGGCUCUCCCGAUUAUUUUGGGUCUUGAUUUUGGCAAGAAUACUAGUAUUCAAUACAAGAACAAUAACAGAACUGAAACAUAUGCCAUUGGGUAACUUGUUACCUAGUAGAUUCUGAUUCUAUGAAUUUGUUCGAAUUUCGUAUCUUCAAUUUACAUCUCAAUGUAAUGAUUGUAUUACCAAUCUAUAGCGUAAAGCAAUCUAACUUAUGAGUUCAUAAAAGAAUGAUUUUUCAGAGGUUUAUAAUA